AUGCCAAUGCCAGUGCCAAGCUCUGCCAAGCCCAAGCGGCCAAAUGCCAAGAGCCAGAACCCCCACAGUACACGAUCCUUCCUACCGUUCACCUAUCCGUCUCUCGCAUUCAUCUGCAGAGCUGGUGAUAUACCACCCAUCCAUGGCGUCUGGACAUCUGUGAAGACACCCCCGACGCAACAGAAAGAAGUCGAAGCGGCCGCCUUCAACAAUACCACAGCAAAGAUGGCAAAGAGCAGCUGUGCCAGGAACGCCUGCGGCGUCUUGCAGACUGUGCUGGCUGCUGCUGCACUCUACGGAUUUCUCUUCCUCCUGGUGUCCGUCUUCCAAAAAGGCUCCCUCCCAGCCUCGCCCAGUGACCUCUACAAGCACCCUCUCUCCCACCCUCACGCCUUUGACAAGAGUGGCUCCCAAAGGCCCUCCAGCAAACUCAAAGCCGAAAAGAUCAAUCCCAGUGCUAAUUGGUUCAACCGGCCCGAGAGCCUCGUCGUCCCUCGAGACGAUUACCUGGGCAAGAGGCCGCACAUCGACACCGUGGCAAACCUGACGAGGCUAGUAGAAGAAUGCAGAGGCUCAUACGAGAACAUUGAGAAGAUGCCUUAUGUGUACGACUGUCUGAAGUACUUGAGUGAGGGCGAGAAGGAAUAUUUCUACAAGCCCGCGAGGGUGGAGGCAGCCAGCCAACAAGUCCCCAAGUACGCCGAAUAUCUCGAUGCUGAUGGCGCCGGCAAUACCCUCGACGAGUACCCCUCACACCAAGCGGCUACGAAGGAGUCAACCGGACGAUGCAAUGGCCCGAUCGUUCCUUACCACGUCUACUGGACCGGCCCAGCAACGUGGAGAGUCGAGUUGUUCAUCAAGAGCCAUUUUCACACCCAGAACAUCCCUUGUGUUCGGCUGUAUCUUUGGUUGGAUGGUGAUCGGGAUGCAAAGGCCGUGGACAAGAUGUUAAACCAGGAUCCCCUGUUCGAGAAGUUCCUACCCUUCGUCGCAAGGGGCGACAUUGUUUUGAAGACAUGGAAAUUCCCUUCCCGGAUUCCCCUACCGAAAGGCGAUAACACUGACGGGGUGGGGUACUACAAAACACCAGGGAAGCCAAAUUCGCAGAACGAGACACUGGUGGCGGAUGGGUUGAUCCGCGACGCCAACGACCAGGAGUGGCUGAUUCUGACCGAGAAGCAGAUGACUUUUUUGCCAGUUGCUGUUUCGGAUGCUGUUCGAUUUGUAGUUCUGCACCUCUAUGGAGGAGCAUACUUUGAUAUGGAUAUCGUGAUGUUGAGGGAUAUGCGACCUUUGUUGAUUGGCGACGAGCACUCCUUUGCCGAGAGAUGGGGAGGGCAUACAAGCCCAGGGGACUACAACACUGCGAUCAUGUCUCUGUCCGCUAACUCUUCCUUGUCCUCGUACCUUCUCCGCGGUGGCGUCCGCAUGGGUCUCAACUUCCACCCGAGAGUGAUCGGUGUCAUGGCCGUCAAGGAUCACCGCAAUCGAGAGUUUCACAUGCUAGAGACAGCCGCCUUCGAUCCAAUCUGGACGGAAUUCAACUGGGGAAGACUUGGGAAAUGCACGGUCCCAUGUAUCCACGAUUACGCUCAAGUCUUCAAGAGCAAGAACGCCUUUCCUCUGAAGGACGAAUGGAAGACUUUCGAGGGACCACAGCUGAAGCUAUCAACCGACAAACCUACAGGGCAUUUCUGGGAGAUUCGAGAGGUCGAGGGGCGAGCGGUUGCGUCGGAGAAACCUGAAACUGCCACAAUCGACCGCGAUGCGCUGAGGAGGGCCGAGUAUAGGAUUGAGGAAGACCGAUAUCCGCCUACGAACCGCACGAUGGAAAAUUUCUUCCGCGGGGCGUGGACGUACCACAUUCACAAUCAGUGGCUCAGAAAUCCCGAGCCAUCUUCCUGGCUCAACGUUAUCCAACGAGCCCACGACGGCUUCUUUUCUCAUGGACGCAUGAAUCCCUACGGCGAGAAGUGGGAUGGCCCGAGUAUAUCGGAAUACGAGAUUAGUUGGGAAUACCCGUGA